GCAUGCAUAGCAUAAAUACCGGUACCGUACUCGAGGACCGAGCUAAGCUCCCUACUCUCUCGUUCUUCAAAUUAUUUGAGUUGAUAAAAUGAGGGUGAAAACGGAGGCACCGAUUACCAAAGAGAAGUAUGUCGCCAGGGUUUUCUUUAGCUCUCCAUUUGGUGGGCUUGAAGAGGAGCGGGAACUACUAACCAAGCAGUACUGGCCAGAGUUGGCCCAUCUCUGCCAGAAGUCUGGCUAUGAGUUUGUUCCUGUCGAUAUGAGAUGGGGUAUCACCUCAGAGCUUUCAAACGAGGCUGCCACCAUCACUAUCUGUCUUAGAGAACUGGACAGGUCGGACAUGAUCGUUGGAUUUUUUGGUCAGCGCUAUGGAUGGCAUGGAGCUAAAGACGAGUUCCUUCAGAAGACAUUUGAUCACGCACUACCCCUCUACCCCUGGCUGAAGUCCUACAGAGACAGGGCUGUCACUGAGCUAGAGUUCCUUCAUGGUCACCUCAACGAUCCUGGACAAAGACCGGCAUGUUUCUUCUUCAGAGACAAGGCCUACGAUGAUACCAAGCUUGCCGAGUGCAUCACAUCGGGAGAUGAGAGAGGUCAAAGGAAGUUUAAAGCCACGUCAGAUGGACCUCAUGCAGCAGAAUUUCUAGAUGACCUCAAACAAAGGGUCAAGAAAACAGAGGAUAAGUGCCUUGCCAUUGACAUGAGUUACCCUACUCCAGAGGUUGGAGCUCGGUUGAUGUUUGAGACGGUACACGCCCACCUGGUAAGACUUCUGGGUCAGACCGAGACAGAGAGCAGCGAGAUGGAGAAAGAACAUGCCCAGCAUGAGACAUUCCUCAUCACUCGUCGUGGGAUGGGAGGAAAGCUUGUAGGAGGGGAGGCAUACUUGGAGGAGAUUGACAAACAUGCUCUGAAUGGAUUGGGGAGAGAGGAUGAAAGGAAGUCAGUUGUUCUGCUUGGUGAUGCAGGAUCUGGAAAGUCCUGCGUCUUAGCCAACUGGAUAGAGAGACACCGUGAGAGAUAUUCAGAUGAUAUUCUAGCUGUGCACUUUGUCGGAUGUACAAGCAACAGUACACGUGAAUUAGAGCUAUUGAAGCAUCUGUGCUAUCAGAUCGAAGAAGACCUCAUUACUCUUAGACCAGACUAUGAUAUUGGGGAUGAGAAAGCCAAGGAAGGAUCAGAAGACGUGAGAGGGAUGAGAAAACUCCUCCAGAGGCUAGUUAGUGAUGCGUCGUCGCUCAACAUCAGGGUCAUCAUCGUCAUCGAUGCUCUCAAUAAGAUAGAUGCUGGAGGCAGGGCUAUGAAGGAACUCUACUGGUUGCCCAAGAUGAUAUCCUCAAAGGUCCUCCUAAUCCUAUCCACAUCCAACUCUGACACCAAGAACAUCAAGGAGCUGCUGGAGGAGCGACACUUUGACUCCCUGGAGGUCCGUCAGUUGACCCCUGACCUGAGGACAAAGGUCACCAAGGGCAUGCUGAUGGUGCGAGGGAAGGAGCUGUCCCCGAAGCAGAUGGAGAAGGUGAUUGGCAAUGCAGAGACUGGUAACCCGCUCUAUCUCUUUAUUCUACUCCAGGAGUUGUGUAGUUUUGGUUCAUUCUUUGAACUUGAUGAGUUUAUUGACACCCUACUAACAUCCAAAAGCACUGUGGAUUUGUUUGUAAAAUUCUUGGAGAGGCUUGAAAGAGACUACAAUCCUGAAGGGAAGCACCUCGUGAAAGAGGUCUUGUGCUGCCUGCUUCUCGCACAUCGUGGACUUUCUGAGAAUGAGUUAAAAUCUAUGGUGAAACCGACCAAUAAGGAAUGGUCUGCACUUUACUUUGCUAUGGAUGAUUUCCUGUUAGAAGCAGAAGGGCUUUACAGACUUGGAUACAGUGAAUUAGCAGACGCAGUAGAGAGACAUUUCUGUCCUACCCUGGAGAGUCAAAAGCCGUACAGACAACUAAUCGUAAACCACUUUAUGAAUACUUUUAAGGAUCUGGAUCAAAGGUUUGACACACCAGUCCCUCGCCGCAUCGCUGAUGAGUUACCAUGGCAACUUGAGAAGUCCGGUCAGCUGGGUGAACUGGUAGAAUGUCUUUCCUCCAUGAACAUGUUCUGUACUCUUUCAAAGGGCCAAACCAAGUAUGAUCUGAUGAGUUAUUGGACUACCACGAACCUCAGUGGGGAUGCCAUCAUCGAGAGACUCCUGUCAGCGGUCGAUGAUCAGGUCACCUUGCUCUAUCUUGAGAAUGAGAAAGUAGGGAGGGGUGGGGACGCUGGAAAACCUCCAGCUCAACAGUUGAUUCCACUGCUUGUGAGCUUGACUGACUUCUUAACUGACGCAGGUUACAGUUCAUCCAUGGAGCCAAUGCUUCUAAGAGCCUUAAAUAUGCAUAAAAGCCAGUACACAGAUGCUGAUAUUGAGAACAGCGUUGAUGCUCUGAACUCGUACUGUGAGCUUCAAACCAAACUGGCUGUUCACUAUGCCAGUGCCGAGAAGUUGGAUCAGGCUUCUAAGAUCCAUUUAGAAACACUGGCAUUGAGAGAAAAGCAUGUUGAUCGAGUAGAGAGAGGAAAAUCCUACAUAGCUGUGAUCUUGAAUAACCUUGGUUAUAUUUGUUUAGUGGAGCACAAGUUUAAGGAGGCUGAGGGGCACUUCCGUCGAGCAGUUGAGCUCCAUCGAGAGGUGCAUGGAAACAACAAUGAUCUUGUGGCUUCUGCAGUCAACAAUGUUGGAAUGGCACUGUACAGACAGGGGCAGUUCAAGGAAGCUGGUCAAUUCCUUGAGGAAUCCCUUAAGAUCUACGAGGAAGUUUACCUAGGUGAACUGCCACCUGAUGUAGGAGGAACUCUUCUCAACCUUGCUAUGUGUACAGCUAGACAGGCCGACAAAGGCUUGGAAGACGUAGAGCCCCUCUAUCAAAGAGCUUUAGAGAUCCGAAUGAAUGCGGUCGGGAAGAACCAUCCAACAGUAGCCCAGACGUACCUAUCCUACGGCUCUUACCUCAUGAGGGUGGACAAACUAGAGAGGGCACUUUCAAUGACGAAAGAUGCCCUAGAAAUAUCAGAGAUUGCGAGUGGGCCUGAACACCAGGACACACUGAUGACUCUUGAGAACAUCGCCCUGGCGUAUGUCAGCCUCAACAAACCAGAGGAAGCACAUCCAUACUACAAGAGAGCAGGUGAAGCGCUCCACAAGCAGGGCCGGAUGGAAUUCUCUCACCCCUACCUGAACAGCUCUAUGAUCACAUACUAUCUGUCUUCUGACCGGGAAGGGGAUGCACAUGACGCCCUCAUUCGUGUCAUUGGAACAUCGUUUGUGUCCCCGAGGGACUAUGCUGCUCUUGAUUACCUGGAUAGCCAGUUAGCUGAGAAGCCAUCAAGACCAUAUGAGCACUCCGUAGACUGCGGCUUGGAAAAAUUUCCAACGAGUACAAUGCUCCUGGGACGCAAGCUUGCCCAGCUAGCCCCAUUGGGCAAGGCAGAUGAGAUGAUUGCAGUGCUUGAGAAGGGUAGCUUUGAUGUAGGAAACUACAACAGUGCAUACGCUGAGUUUGUUGAGAAGGAUCAAAGAGAGAAUGGAUUAAAGAUUCUUGAGCGAGCUGUGGAAAAAUUCCCAGAGGAUGUGAUCAUCAGAGAGAAUCUUGCCAAGGGUUAUUUCUGUUACAAACGACACGGAGAGGCUGCCGAGGUCCUGGGCCAGGCUCUGAGACUUGACGAAGAGAACCUGGACCUAGUGCUGCUCAGGGUGAGGGUGUUGGCCCUUGAUAACCAGCUUCUAGAGGCCCAGGACCUCAUACAGGUUGGACUGAUGAUUGCAGAAAAGAAAGGUGCAGUGGAAGCUGAGGCUAAGUUGGAGGAUUUUCUUCGGGUCCUCAAUGAAGCUCUCACAAGCACUGCAGAGUAGUAUGUCAUAUCAUGGUCAGGACUUGACUAAAGCUGGAAGAUCUGUGGUCAGGACUGGUCUUAACUGGAAAGAUCUGCAUCACGACAAGUUGAAACUGAAAGAUCUACAGUCAACAUCUGAUGUGUGAAGGACAAGUCUGGUCUACAUCAUCUGGAAAGACGUCAUCUGCCGGAGUUGAAAAAUUGCCACCAUAUCAAGUAACAAAGAUCUAUACAUUGUACCAACCGAGAUAAGUAGUUUGUAGUUGAGGUAUGAAUCUUGGUAAGUUUGUGAUGUCAGGUAUUAGAUUUCAUGUCAUAACUGAAGAGAAAUGACAUUUGGUUUGUUCAUUCUUUGUUAUUGCAAAUCCAUUUAUUGUAGAUGGAAGAUCUCAUUGGGUAUGCGUUUGUAUAACAUGCUGUAUGAACAUGUCAGGAAAUGCCUCUUCCCUAAAUGCACCAUAGGCAUCAAGGGAGUGGGUCGUUCGUCCGUCCGUCUGUAUUAUUUUGUGAACUCGAUAUGUCUAGAACCAAAGGACAGAUUUGAGGAAACUUCAUCAUUCGUUAGAUCAACAGAAAAAAUGGUAGAUCUUGGUAAUGUGGUUCCCAAGAUUUCCCAAAGAGCCUGUCAGACCUUAGUAAUAUUUAUAAGUUUAUUCAAAAAACUAAUUUGAGUAAUCAUUGAGUAUGGCAGGGUGUAACAUGGUUCUUCUUUGCACUGUCCAAGUCAGGUAAGAUUUUACAAAAUAUUCUAUUGCAAUGAUCAGUCUUUGUAAGUGGCAAGUUAUGUUCAAUGAUGCAAUGUGUGAAUUGAUAUUCUGAAUCUGAAAUAGUGAUAAUAUGCAAGAUUUAUAUCAUAGCACUUAAUACAAUGUUUCUAUUACGCGCUGCAUACUAUUACCCUUGCUAUAGCACGGCUACCCUGAUCAAGCGCUUAAGCAUUCAAGGAAUUCUUACCGGGUACCCAUUUACUUACCUAAUAAGCGAGUUCAGUAUAACACUGUACGCAUGCACGAAUCUCUUGAUGGCUGUGUCGAGUAUACAUGAAGAAAUCGCACCAUCUGGCACCACUCACACCCAUCUGAUGCUGCACCUGGCUGUAGUAUGAGUGUGACUUUUUCAGGCCACAGACACCUGAACCAUCGCAAGCGAUAUAGCACCAAGAUCAACUUUGUCUGCCAAAACAAACAGUCCACAAUCUACCACUUUGAGUUGAUGAUGAUUUCCACUAAUGGCCCAUAUGUAUGCUUUUCUUGCCUCCUCCAUUUCUUGUCCAUACUUUAGAGCAGGCAACGAUGGAUCUACAGUUUCACAACCCAUGAUCUUCUUCACGAGUGCAGUGGUGUCGACCCGUUUGACAGUCUCAUCUCACGAAUGUUGCUUAGUCAUCACUGCAUGGGCAACUGACCCUGUCACUCUCCCCCUCCGAUGUUUACUCCACUCUUCGUUGCUGGCUUGCCCACGAGUUGCGUGCUCAAGGUCCUUCCCCUCGUCUUCAGAGUAGUUUGGUAAACCCUGAAUGAAUGCUUCCACAGACGAAACAGCAGUCAAAGUACGAAGGGGAAGUGGAAUGUGGAAUGUUUCUGGCUACCACACCCUCUUCAUGAUCCACAUUGAUAUCUGCCCAAAUGUCUGCAUUAAACUGAUAAUCCUGUUCCUGUUGAGGCAUUUCCGUGUCAAUACAUUUGAAUACAGCUGCAUCUUGGAAGAACAGGACGAGGGCAUGUGUUAUUGUCUUUGUUGACGUUGGAUCUGAUGUUGAGCGGACAGCAAGCGGGGAAAAUAACUGCCGUGCUCGGGGAUUGAUGCCUUCACUGUCUUUGACAGACCCUGCAUUUUAAUAAAGAAAAAGAAAAUUAAAAAUACAGAAUAAAGUAGUGCUCAAAAUCCAAGAAAUUUUUCUUAAAUGUAAAUAAUAGAUACAUUCAAACACAAACAGUGCACUGCUUUUAAUUAAAAUUUAUUGCAUAAUGAUUGAUUGUAAACUUCAAUUUUUUUCGUAGUACUUGGGGUAUUCUAGACCCAAGAAUAUCCGAUCAUCUUCAUUACUGUUACUGUUAAAUUGUUUUACAUCAAUUAUGAGCAGAUGCUCUGGAAGUGGAGCAAGCACUCUCGCUCUGCCCUUCACCUGAGCCACCACUCUGGAUAGGUGCGCUUGGGUUCGGGCGAGCAUUUGUCGCUGCUCCCACUAUGCUGCUGACCAGAGAUCAGAGACGAGGAGCAGUGCUCUGCCCCCCUUUGGCUGGCUACCAGGCCUGCUAGCACUGGGCCCUGCUUCUUCGGACCAGUGAGGAAACUCUCCUCUAUCCCAGAGUGCACUGGCCUCUUCCUGCGCCUGGGAACAUCUCCCUUGCCCAGAUUGCAGCGGACUUCCAUGAGUCCUGAACACCUAGCAACCCAGUCAGUUUGCCCUCUUUCACUUCCACAUUCCAAUCGCUAGCCUGGCCCAGAAAAACUAGCAAAUGAAAUCAACACUUAAGGAAUGUAAACAAUGGAAGAAGGCGAACAAACUUAUUUACUCAAACAAAUCUCUAUUUUCCAUCCCGUUAUUAUAACUCUCCCCUACUGAAUCGAUCUGUUCCAUAAGAUCGCCAAAAAAUAAGGGAAAAAUUAAGGAUUUGUUGAUACUGACGGUCGUCCAUCCAUGACACUUGCAAUUUGUCAUAAACGAUAUAAACAUUCAAAUAUCGUUCUAUAUUUAUGCCAAAUAUUGUUAUUUCAAAAUCUUCCUUUUUUGGCAAAUAAAUUGCAUGUAUAUUCAUUGUACCUGUAUCUUCUUCAAUUAAGAAUAGGAUUUGGAGGGCUUCCCAUCAGGGGAAUGUCAACGUAUAGGCAUUGGGAAGUGGAUGACCCAAGCUUCCUACUGCUUCAUCGAUGACAUCACCCCUUCAAAGAUGAAUACUCUAGACGCCUGAAAAAAUUGAAUUGAUAGGUUUAGUUACAAAUUCAACCUCUAAACAUCAAUUAAACCUUCAUUAUACCUCUUAUGCACAACUAGUUAUGUCAAAAUACUACAUAGACAUACAUGUACAGUAGUAAUAAUAGCAAUGAUACAUGUGAAAAGUAUAAUUAUCCAUAUCCGUAUCUGUAUCCACCUUACAAAAUUAAAAACCAACAGCAGUAAAUCUGGUCAUCUUAUAAAAAACUAUAGAUAACCUUAGUUAAAAAGUGCAUGUUUCAUGUCCAAAGUGAUUACUGAAAAAAAUCUUUUGCAUCAGCAUACUCGUAUAAUGCCCUUGUGGAAGUGCUUAUUAAUCAAUUGAACAUUAAUCAAUGGAUGGGUUGUAAUUGUAAAUCAUGAACAAUCAACUUCAGGCAUUACAAAUCAACCAUGAACAUGUAUCAUAAACAGUAAACAUUAAAUAUUUUGAUAUUGGACAGCAUGCAUGCACAUGUUAACCUCGCUCUGCUAUCGUUACCCAUGAGGUUUGACAAUGGUCACAAAUAAUGAUGUUUAUUCUGAAAGUUACUAUUUAUUAUUUUAUGUGUUAUACUUUCAGAAUUAUUACUUUACAGUGUUUUAAUGUACAAUUCAUCAUUUGCUGCCAAACAGAUGACAUAGUGCACCUCUAGGGUAAACCUCCACAUUAAAAAGAUAACAAUUGUUUAAAAAAAAUCCCUUCUUUCAUUUGUUCAGAUUUUACAAGUCCUUUUACAUGGACAAAAAAUUAACCCACACAUUACUUGUUUUCUACCAUUUACCAAGACUUUGGGAUGAUGUCAAAACUACCAUCAGAGGUGGAUAUCCCAUGCCUCCUCCAGUUCCGUUUGACACCAUCCUGCCGUCUGAUAUGUAGUUUUCCUAUAAGGACAAAUAUAAUUACAUAUUUACAGCUUAAUUAAUAUGACAAAAUAUAUUAAAUGAUCCUUGUCGGCAAACCAAACUGGGCCAGUCAAUCAAGAGAACCAAGCAAUCAUACAUAUAACCCACAAUCACUGAUGUACAUCAUUCAUCCCACAAUAAUAAAAAUUAAUUACAUCAAAAAAUGUGUCUGACAAAAACUUACUAUUCUACGUAGGGUACGUAGGUAUAGCUCCUUCCGCCUCUCUGUCAGAUGCACUCCAUCAAGAAUAUGAUGGGGUGCAUCCGGCAGGGAACGGUGCUCCCAAACCCAGAGCAUGUCCCUGUGGAAAGAUUCAACAGACAAAAGCCUGUUGAACCUCUCCACACGGAGGUUAUACUCUGAGAGGGAAAGUGCUGCACCCAUGUAGGCCCUAGUCCUUGGGAGGACUGGGAGGGCAAAAAUUGCAGUUGGGGUAUCUCCUAUUCCCCCCAAACCAUCUAUGAACUGUAGAAAUUGUGCAAGCACAGUUAUUGGGUCCUGACAACACAGAUCAUUUGUGCCCAAAUCUAAAAUUAAUAUAUCUGGCUUGCUUGCCUGAAGGACCUUCACAUAUUUUGUAUUAUGUAGUAUUCUUUCAAAGUUGAGUCCCCCUUCUCCAAAACUUCUCAAUAUUAGUUCUUUACCACCUACUUCCAAAUUCAUGCCCCUUACCCCACUCCCUACUAGUCGCUUCACAAGAGUUUGGGGGCUCUUCAUGAAAGGGGGAGAGUGCAAAAUGUAGACUUUCUGAAGUCAAGAAAGUCAAACACACACAAUUAGAAGAUAGACAAAGUGAAAGCAAGAGUCAGGACAGGAAAAGGAGGAAACUUAGAUAUACUUACAAAUACGUCGACGACACACGGGACAUCGCCGGCGAACAUCGCAGCAAACAGUCAGUAAAAGUAUCAGUACCAGUAUCAGUAUCAGGAUUAGUUGGGUGAACUUGGAUGUGAGCGCGUGGUUGGAAAUCCCCAAACCCGGAGCAGCAAGUGUUGAAGGAGGUCCUCACCGAUGCUGCCCAGAUCCAAAUAAUGAAAUUGUCAUCAUCAUAAAUGAUUGAAGGCGGAGUCCAGCCCAGAGAUCCAAGGAAAAUUUAAUUUUUUUACUUAGAAUUUAAAUUACUUUAUUUCUUUUUCCUUAAUCUCAAUACGGACCUAGGUAAGUUGUAUGGAUUAGAAUGAAUGCCUUUACUUUGUCUUUGAGAUCUCCUCUGGACGACACCUCCACUUGUUCUGCCUCUGGUUAGACCAGUACUCUCCCCUACUGUUUCUGUAGUUACUCUUUCUGGUACUAGAACAUAUUCAUCCUCAAAAUCUUGUCUAGAAUCCUCGUAGCUAACAAUGGUUUUCCUUCUCUCAUCAGAAUUCAACCCAAAAUCUUCCCUAUUUUGGUCAACCACAUCUGAUUCAGAAGGUACUUUCCUUAUAAGCCUAUGAUUCACUAUCUUUGAAUUACCUCCAUUAAUAGGUCGGAUACGAUAAAUAUCCUUAGUAGGAUUUAUCCAAGCAACAACAUAUAAUUCAUCAAAAUAAACAUUCUCCAACUUGUGUCUUUUACUAAAGUCACACUUCUUUAAGUAAACAAGAGAUCCUAUGCCCAGGAGAGGGGGACUUGCAGAGAUAUUUGCAUCAGCUCGGGCCUUAUUCCGGGCUGCUACCUUGUUAGUUCUUUCUCUGACAACCUUUUGAGCCCUCUCAACCAACUCGGCUUGUUCUUUAACAAAGUCUUGUUCCCAUUCUACAUCAGACACACCCAACAAAUGAUCUAAAGGAAUACGCUCUUUCCUACCAAACAUAAGAGCAAAAGGGCUGACCCUCGUAGUUUCGUGGGGGGUGGUAUUGUACAUGUAGACAAGAUGAGGCAAUAAUUCAGGCCAUCUAUGUCUAUCAUGCUGAUCCAGCGAUUUGAUUAGGCCAAAUAAAGUCCUAUUGAAUCUUUCAGCCUGAGCAUUACCCUCGGGAUGAUAUGGUGUUGUAUGAGUCUUAGGUAUACCAUAAAGCCUACAUAAUUCUUUUAUCACCUGACCUUCAAAAUUACGUCCCUGAUCACUAUGAAUUCUAUUUGGAAUUCCAUACUUUGUGAACCAGUGCUCUCGUAGAGCUUUAGCUCCUGUUGAGGCGUGUUGAUUUCUACAUGGGAUUGCCUGAGCUAAUUUCGUAUAUACAUCUGUAAUAACAGUACAUCCUCAAAUCCUCCCUUACCAGGAUCUAACUUAACAAAAUCAAUAGCAAUAAUUUCCAAUGCCAUUAGAUGUCUCAUAGGGGUUCUUACCCGAGGCUCUAUCUCCUUUGCCUUAGCACAUUUAAUACAUCUUUUAACAUAAAAUUCUAUAUCAUGAGCCAGGCCAAUAAACUCUUGACCUAGCUAAUUGUUCAGUUUUAUUUCUACCUUGAUGUCUCCAUUCAUCAUGACAUCCAACUAAAAUACUCUUACGCAAACACUGUGGGAGUAAAAUUUGAAAUAUACUACCAAAUAAAGGAUCAAGGACCUUCCUUCCUAAUAUUCCAUCUUUAUCAGUAAAAUUAGACCAUUGAUAUAACCAUUGUUUCAAACUAUCUGGUUCAGAAAAACGUGUGGGAUAUUCAUCCCCCGGUUUCCAGUUUGCUCUCUACCGUUCCCACACAAAUCUCAGUUCUGGGUCCAUUUUUCUGCAUUUGAAUGAGUUGUUCAGGUGAAAAGGAAGGAAAAAAAUUAGAAAAAGUGGGACCUAACAAAUUUUCCUGGUCAGAAACACCAGACUUCGAUUGGAUUUCCUCGGAUGCAGUUUUACAUAAGUGAACCUUAACAGGCGUAGACUGAGUAUAUGAACUAAUUAUCUCUUCCAUGUUAUUCUUUUGUUCUGAUUUAUUAGACUUGUUUGGUUUUGGAUAUCGACUUAAGGCAUCUGCACAAUGAUUUUGAGAGCCGGACUUAAAGCGGACAUCAAAAUUGCUAAUUGAGCUACCCAGCGCAUUUCUGUUGCGCCUAACUUAGCUGUCUUAAUAUGGGACAAAGAAUUAUUGUCUGUAUAAAUAAUAAAAGAUGAACCUAACAGGUAGUCCCUAAACUACAACAGCCCAUUUUAGAGCUAACAGUUCCCAUUUAAAUGAACUAUAAUCUGGGUAAUGUCCUUCAGCACCCCUUAAUUGUCUACUUGCAUAAGCUAUUGGGUGGGUCUUCCCAUCCACGCCAACUUGCAUUAAGCAUGCGCCCAAUCCUUUUAGAGAGGCGUCCACCUCGAGCACAAAAGGUUGGGAAAAAUCAGGAUAAGACAAAAUAGGAGCUUGAGUAAGUGCAGAUUUUAACAACUGAAAAGCUUUAUCUGCUUCUUCUGUCAAAAUAAAAUUUAUGCAUUUUUGUUUCUUUCCAAAAUGUUUCUGAAGUAGUUCAAUAUACUUUUAGUAUCUAAUGUCCCCGAAAAACAACUAACUUCUUUACGUGCUGCACCUUCCAAAUUUGCUUUGAUUAUGCCGCACUUUUGAGUUUCAGAGAUUCGAUAUUGUUCACAAUAAAGAUCUAUCUCUUCUAACCAUUCGGUAAGGGAAAUGCCACCUUGUCCAGAAAAUCUCUCAAGUCUGGUACUUCUACCACUAGGGGUAAACCUACACCCUUGUAAUGCUCCGUUUAAACCGGUUACUAAAUCUUCAACUAACUUUUCAGCCAUAAUUUUAUUAUGUAUAUGUAAAUACUAUUGAAAGGAGAUGCAACCUCAAUUACGAUAAACCUUCAGUUAUAACACACUUAUUAAAUAGUCUACUAUCUAAUUCUGGGAGAGAAAGGUAACCAAUCGAACCAGACGCAGAACCUAGGAAAAAAAGACAUUUAGUUAAAAUUGUGACAUGUGUAAGUCCAGACCACAAUAAACAUUGGGGGUCUGAUAUAAAAGUAAUCACAAAAAAAUUCUAUAUAGAUUUUCUAAAGAUGUAUCUUCAUGUGUUGCCAAAGAACACUACCAGAAUCUAGACUUUUACUAUUAUUAUUCUGUCUAGUGGUAUAUUUGCAGAAUUUAUUUGUGCUAUCUCCUUCAGAUCCCAAUGCACACUAAUGCAAAACAGACAUAAUAACAAACUGCAUAGCUACACACAUAUCUUAACACAUCGUCAUGCUGAGAGGAUAACAAGUUCAUAUCUUUUCAGAUACAUAUCAAGCAUAUCUUAUAGUUUGUAAUAUGAGAGUCUACAUUAAAUGUGAAUGACUGUUCUGGAAAAAUCUUAACAAGGGCUUCAUAACAUACCAGCGACUCCUGCUGCUUCACUCGCCAAGGCUAUCGGCUUCCAAACGACAGUGCCAGCUUCCACCGUCGAAGUUAUCGAAGACAGGGUCUACCACACCACGUCGAUAACGAAGAUGAAGGGCCGUGUCGAAGCGUUGGUUGGAAGAACAAUGUCUCGGAGCUCCUCGAUAGCGUCCAACUCCCCGAGCCGGACUAGCGCCUGCGGCCUUCAGUACCUAACCUCAAUCCAUCCUCAUGAGACGACCAAAGGAAAAGCAAUCGCCCUGCUGAGUUUCUUUACAGCCCCUUCCAAGACGAUCCUCGUGCAGUUAAACGACUCCUCUCACCGCAGUGUAAUGUGAAAUCACCAGACUUCGUCAGUACCAACUAAUCCGGAGGGUUUUAGUGGAAACCAGCUAUGCUACCCCGUCAGGUCUAUUUGCAGUGGUUUUCACAGGUCCCUCGACUCCUCGCUACAAUGCAGCCACGCGUGAGUCCCAGGAUGAAGGAUUCUUUCUCCUGAGCUCAACGGCACAUGUAAGGUCCCAACGUCGAAAACCUGGGCAAUGUGGGGGCUUAAUUCCAACCCCUGCAGCUGAAUUUCUCUCUCCAACGUUAAAGUUAAAAUAAUAUCAUAAUUCACAUCCUCGAACAAAAAAUAAGUCGGAACCGGUGACAUGAAGUAAAGCUCUCCUUGUUGAAUUUAUCUCAAUGUCCGAUAAACAUUGUGUUUAUGCGUAAAACCAGACUGAAGGACUAAAACGUUUCACGAACAUACUGAAGAUGACGGUCGACCCCAUUCGUACUACCAAUUUUGUAGCGGCACAGCAUUGCAAGACGGCUGGUGGCCGCCCACCGUCUUGCACUGCCCACGUACAAAAAAAGACGGGAGUCAAAAAAUGACAAGUUCGAUGAAGUUAAGUUGUAUAUCAGGUCUUAUUCUAAAUCAGAGUCAAAUUACAUGCUGGAUAAUAAUAUAUGUCGCAUCUCUGGGCUGGACGACCGACAACAGUACGAAAAUUAAGCCGACAUGGCCUAUGGCAGCAAAACAAAUCGGGAACGAAAAAUUGCUCCUUGUCGACUAAACACUCUCCCUUUUAUCCCCUUUUGGGUCAACCACCAUGUCGCGAGAAAAGCCUGGCCCAGAAAAACUAGCAAAUGAAAUCAACACUUAAGGAAUGUAAACAAUGGAAGAAGGCGAACGAACUUCUUUACUCAAAUAAACAAACCUGUAUUUUCCAUCCCGUUAUAGAAUGAUGAGGAAAAAGGCAGGAUUUACUGAAAAGGGGAAGAAGGGAGCCUGUAAUGGGGACAUAGAAGAUACUGCUGUGCUGUACCAAGCCUUACAAGACCAAUGUACCUGGCUUGCUGGCUUUGGGGUAAUUUUUCAUUUCUGCUGACUUCCUGCCAAUUCCAUGUUUAGUUUUAAGAUAGCUAUCCAAUUGUCGUAUGUUAAUUUCACACAGUGGAAUUUCUUUGUGGGAAGUUUUCUUUUGGGAUUGUCCUUUCAUUGACUUGAGAAUUUAUUUCACAUCAACCUCCAAAUAUAUAGUUUAGUUUCUUCCUUAGCUGCAUGUAUAAUGCGUUUUUUUUUGGCACAGCCAAAUAUUUUUAGAGGAAAAUCCUUUGUUGGCUCAGUUUCUGUCCGCAAUUUUGAUGAAAAUGUCUGAAGCAUCUGUACUCCGAUCCAUUUCCAUUUCUUCCUGGUUUGCAGUGCAGAGGCUUUCUUCUCCAUCAGUUAUAUAAUAUAUUUUAGCCAUGUCAGCAAGAUGAGAGCUGGCAUUGGAAACUGCACGGAAAAUCCUUAAUUUGUAAACGACUUUUGUCUUUUGUGUUUUCAGGGUCUGUGUUUUGGAGACACCCCAUCUCCCCAUCCCUAUUUUUCACCUGAUGUUUUCGGAUGUCAAAAUUCAGAUCAAAUUUGGAUGUGCGAGUCGUGCCCCACCCCAAUGCGAAACAUGGAUGGCCCACACAAAUAUUUGAAUUGACUUGAGCCAUCAAAUCCAAUACAUUGUCUUUACCACCCCCACAGAACCUACCUACAAUCCAGUGGAGAAAGUCUCCCCUCUUUUUCAAUUACUCCACUGAAGGUGGGGCAUCUUUUUUUUAAGUUUGAUCAAAGAUGAAUGCUCAUAGACAUGUCGCUUAAUAUGAGCCAAGUUAAGGCUAUAGCUAUGGUAGGGACAAUUAUGUUUAUGUCCUAAGUUGGACUUGCCCUUACCUGAGCUGGCACCAGGUGGUCAGGCUGUUCCUCGUGGGGGACACAUUCCUGAACUUGGGAAAUCUUCUUACUCCGUGCUAUCUCUUGUCUUACUCCGUU